AUUUCCUGUAGCUGCCGACGACGACGCGCGAGGUGAAAUCGAUCCGUCCCUGGGAUCUACUCCGGCGCACCUCACCCAGGACGACGAGCAUUGUGAAAUCAACGGAAACGAGGGAUCUACUCCGGCAUCUAGAUGGAUAGGAGUUGGAUAGACGAUGCGAACCAUAUCUCCGCUCAAUAUUUGGACGGGGUCAGGGCUUUCUUAGAUUUCGCAUUUAAAGAUCGUAGCUCUGAAUCUUGCAUCUAUUGCCCCUGUACAUCUUGCGGAAAUCGCUUAACAAAAUCUCGUAGAGAUGUCUUGCUCCAUUGUAUUCGUUAUGGAUUCGACCAAACCUACAAGGUUUGGACUUGCCACGGAGAAGGAGAGGUGAACCCUGCUGUUGCAAACGACAAUAUGCCAAUGCGUUGGGAGGAGGAACUAGAACUUCUAUUGCGAGAGUGUGCAUAUACAGAGCACACCGAUCCGGGGCCCAGUGGAAAUGAACCUCAUAGGGAUGACGAAAAUGAACAUAUACAUCAUGGCAGUAAGGGGUAUAGAAAGAUGUUAGAAGAUGUAGAGAAAGAGCUCAUACCAGGGUGCAAGAAGAUGAGUAGACUCUCGUUUAUCGCACGGCUUUUGCACUUGAAGGUUUUGUGCCACUGGUCUAAUAAUUCUAUUGAUUUGCUGUUAGAGCUGUUACGGGAUGCACUUCCAGACGAUGUUGUCCUUCCGAAGAACUUCUAUGAGGCUAAUAAGCUGACCAAGGACUUGGGGUUCACAUGCAAGACUAUCCAUGCGUGCAUCAACAAUUGCAUGUUGUUUACCGGGGAAGAUGUUGACCGUGAGGUUUGUGUUAUGUGUGGGGAAAAGCGAUUUACACAGGGUAAAGAUAGAUCUCCAGUGAAGAAGUUAAGGUACUUUCCAUUAAUUCCGCGAUUGCAGCGAUGGUACGUAUCUUCCAAAACUGCAUCUUCUAUGAGAUGGCAUGCCGAAGGGCGUGUAGACGAUGGCAAGAUGCGUCAUCCAGCAGAUAGUCCUGCGUGGAAGAGUUUCGAUCAUCGGUACCCGACGUUCUCUGAGGAGAUUCGCAACGUACGCCUCGGUCUGGCCACUGACGGUUUCAACCCUUUUGGGAAUAUGAGUGUGAGUUAUAGUAUUUGGCCCGUCGUACUUGUGAUAUAUAACCUACCUCCGUGGCUGUGCAUGAAGCAACCAUCGUUCAUCCUCUCUACGAUUAUAGACGGCCCGCAUGGCCCGGGGGAUCGGAUUGAUGUCUUCCUUCAACCUUUGAUCGAUGAGCUUAAGGAGCUUUGGUAUGAUGGUGUUCGGACGUACGAUGCGAGUACUAAGGAGGAUUUCCAGAUGCGAGCUGCAUUGCUGUGGACUAUUAGUGAUUUUCCCGGUUACGGUAUGUUGUCAGGGUGGCCGACUCGUGGGGCGAAUGCAUGCCCUGUUUGUGGUUUAAAAACUCAUUCCAGAUACCUGAAAAAUGGACAUAAGUAUAGCUAUUGCGGGCAUCGACGGUUCCUGCCGGCUGGGCAUAGAAUGCGCUUUGAUAAACAUGCAUUUGACGGUUCGAUGAGCUUUGACGGAAAGCCUUCUCGCUUGACCGGCGCUGAACUUCUGCAGCAGCUUCAGGAUAUGCCUACUGAGUAUCGUACGGUUGACUUGAUUGAGAAACGCAUUGCACAGGGGUCUCGCAAGCGUCGCCGGGGGGUGGACGGGCAGCAACAGGUGUGGAAAAAAAAGAGCAUAUUCUUUCAGCUCCCUUAUUGGUCUGAGAAUGAGGUACGUCACAACCUCGACUUGAUGCACAUUGAAAAGAAUGUGUGUGAGAAUGUACUGUAUACAUUGUUGGGAACUAAGGGGAAAACAAAGGACAAUCUGAACACGAGGAAAGACUUACAGUUGAUGCAAAUACGUAGUUCUUUACACCCGGUAUCGGGUCCUAGGGGCGCUAUAUAUUUGCCGGCAGCUACGUACACCAUGAGUAACCCCGAAAAACGGAUAUUCCUAUCUGUGUUGAAGGACCUCCGACCACCUCAUGGGUUCAGUUCAAACUUAUCGCGUCGUGUGAAGGUAGAACAACAACUAAUAUGGGGACUUAAGAGCCACGAUUGCCAUGUUCUUAUGCAACGAAUUCUACCUAUUGCUGCCCGACGGUGUCUUCCCAAAAAUGUUGUGCUCGUGUUGAUUGAACUUUGUAACUUCUUCAAUUCGAUGUGCUCAGCUCAUAACACAGUUCGUGAACUGGAGCGAAUCCAAGAAAGAAUUUCUUUGACGCUAUGCCAUCUUGAAAAGCUAUUCCCACCUUCAUUCUUUGAUGUAAUGGAGCAUCUGCCUAUCCAUUUGGCUGAGGAGGCUAUGGUGGCCGGUCCGGUGCAAGGUACGUACGGAACAGGGCACAACCUAGAGGCAACUCAUCCCGCAAGCAGGAAUCCAUCGCCCAUCCGCAAUCCCACAAAGAAAGUGACAAAACGGAAGGGAUCUCGGGUCUCGCCACUGCUCCAGCGACUCCGGUCCAUCACAUCAGAGUGGGAGAAAGAGCGCGAUGCUCGUGGUCAAAGCAUGAAGCCAACAUCUUCCACUCGAAGGGCAGUGGUUCAGGAUUCAGAGGGCCCUUUGGAGGAACAUGAUGAUAGGGAUGUUCCAUCACUUUUUGAUCCGACGGCACUGACACAGGAUGACGAUGAUACAAUCCCCCCCACACAAGCAGAUGACGAGACACUUCCGCCGACGCAGGACAUGGAGACUGCAGAGAGUGAUAUGCCACUCUUGGAUGAAGGGCCAGGCUCCGACCCCACUCUGAUGACAGGAACAGAGGCGGGCAAUAUGGCACCAUUGGACGAGAUGACAUCGCACGACGCUGGUUCGUCAAAGAAAAAGCAGGGGAGAGGGGCGGCACGAAUGCCGCGUGGAUGGGGAAAAGAUCACAGGAUGCUUGUAUUCACAUCGCCGGAUGGUAAAAGCAUCGUCGGACCCGACGUAAACGAGUACAAGACAGCCAUUGGGGUCAUUGCACGCAACGGAGCUCGACUUCCUCUACAUUACCCCACGUUCGCUGAGAUACCGGAGACGAAGAGACAGGGUGCAUGGAUGGAGGUUCAGAGUAACAGCGGAUUACCAGACUCAGCGGAGAAAGUGGUCUUGGCUGACCUAAGGGAAGUUUGGAGGCACUGGAAAUACAGCAUCAAAUCAACUUACUUCAAUCUGAUCGAGGACGAUGAAGAAGCACUGAAGAAGGUUCCCUCAAGCAGGAUUGUGCCCGAUCAGUGGCCGAAGUUGGUUGAGUAUUGGCGCGACGAGAAGGUGAAGCUUCAAUCCAAGAAAAAUGCGUCGAACGUAGCGAAAAGAAGCUUUCCACAUCGUACUGGGCGGAAGUCAUUCACGACUCUGGCAGAGGAGAUCAAGGCAAAGGGGAAGGACCCCGACAAUCUGGAGAUUUGGAUUUCCAGUCGCACACAAGGCAAGGGAAAGGAUGACCAAGAAACCGAGGAGAUAUUGAAUGAGCUAAACAAGGUUCCCCCUGAAGGGCGGACUCCCUCUGUUCGGGAGACUCUGUACCGACGGGCCCUUGGGGGAAAGAUUAAGAAGCGGUCAAAGGUCGACAGUGCGGCAAGUUCAGCUCAUCCCCGCAGCGAGUCAACUGGUUUAACAGACAGUGUAGCAUUCCAGCAUGGGUGGGAACAACUACAGAAUGGAAUGGAGGAGCUGAAGGCAAUGAUGGAUGAGUUCAAAACCAUCAAGGCUGAUGUGUAUGCAUUCAUGCACAGAAACUCCGGAGCGGUUACUGGCCAGGCAGGCACAUCUCGUAUUGAUUCAGUCCCUGAGAUUCCCAGGCCUGUGUCCGAGCCAAGCAUGACGGUCGGCACACAUGUGCUUCUAUUAUCCCGCACCGGUGAGAAAAAAGUUGUUGCAGAGGGACUUCUGCUCUGCCCCCCUGGGCCAGGUGACACACUUUCCUUGGUCAAGGUCUUCGUGACAUCCGCGUCAGUCCCGGACACACCCCUUAUUUUGCCGACCAUUUCUGGGGCGACUACCCUUCGCGAUGUCGUCGGCGAAGAUCCUAUUGAGUGGAGCUACAAGGACCUCAUGCGCCGGGCUUGAAAUGUUGGUACCGAUACACCCAUGUUAAUUGCCCCGUUUGUCAUAUGGAUUGAAUGUCGAACCUGUCUUUGGAUGGAUUGUCUUGAGUUUUUGUUGAAC